ACAAUUUUCCUGUAAAAUAUGACGAGUUCAAAAUUUCACUCCCAAUAAUAAAUUGCUCAUCUGGGAAAACAAUUUUCUCUUUCCGCAUAAAAAAAUCGUGUUUUUAAUCGCUGACACUUAUCUGAGUCUUGUCGAUCAAAAGAUGGCAUCAGAAAAGUCCAAAGCUGACCCGGAAGUCCGUUUCGAGCGUGGAAUUCCACUCAAUCAUCGAUUUACUGGAGAAAUUUUCGACCCACCAGAACCUCUGCUGCCUGAAUUGGCUGCUGCUGCUGCUCCAAAGAAAGUGACGCCAACCGCUGGUUCGUAUGCCAUCGAGCGCUUCGUUCUUCCCGACGAUAUCGAAAUCCCUCCAGAGUCGAUGACUAAUGAGGGCGAGUUUUUUCCCUUCAACUUGGACGAGGACAAAAUGCCUCCGUUUAUUCUGGAUCGUCGCGACGUUUUGAAACACAUUCCUAAAGAAUUGUUGGAAUCUGAGGGGGACAAACCCUACGUGUUUACUCCAGUCCAGAAAGACGACAAAGUGAAGCCUGAACCGAGUGGAAACUUCAAUCAAAUGAUGGACACCGAUGUAACCAAACGAUUGGCCGAUGUGAAAAUUAUCGCCGCCGCGAACGCUGCAGUUGCAGAGGUCCGACAAUUGCAAGAAGAGCAGGAAAAGUUUAAAGCUGCCGUCGCUCCGAAGACUCCGAACAAGGCUGGCAGCAUUGUCGAGCAGAGGUCACGAUCUCGCUCAAAGUCAAAGGGAAAACCGACAACUCCGGCUCCAAAAAGUGCGACCCAGAGUUUCCGCAAGUAAUGUGAAGCUUUUUUUGCAUAAGAAAUCCUUCUUAUUUUUUAUUGAUGUAUGUAUGAAACCACAAAAUUUUCAUUUUUCUCAACUUUUCAUAAAUUCGAAAUGUAAUAAGAAACUGAUA